AUGGUUGUCCUGUUCCGAAAUAGGGAUCUCCUACGGGUAUUAUUUAUCUACAUGGAGCAAUGGUCUCGACAGGCAUUUUUUUGGGCUGCAAAGGUUUCAGAUAAUGUCAGCUGUUGGCUGAAACUGAACGGAAUCAAACCUGUUGAUGCUAGUCACUGGAACGAUGACAAUGCCGAGCUUCUUCCUUUCUCUUCCACAGGUAGAGGUGCAGAAGCAGGACGUCAUAUUAAGUUGAUGAACUGUUUGAUCCAGCAUUUCAACUUCUGUCCUUGA